GACACAUCAGGAUUUUGCUUUAUUUUAAAAGGGAUACGUUUAGUUCUAAAAGACAACAUCCAACGGGGCUUGUCUUCAUUGUGUCAGAGUUGUCAGUUAUUACUUGUCAGUUCGCUAUCUAUGCUAACAUUUAGCUGCAAGUGUUGUUAUUGAUUUAGCAUUAGAUAAGAGAACGAUAGACAACAUACUCAAAACCACAUGUACUCUGGUAUCGUAAUGUUAACAACUGAUGCAAUAUCCGGGACCAGUUCUUUAGGGUGGUGUUCAGAGCUGUUGUGAAGGCUUUUCUGAGGCAGCCUUAUUGUAACCUGUUAACAUCUGCAUUAUCUAGCAUGCCCUGUGAAGCGAAGCCUCGGUUUGUGGUUCUCUACGGGUCUCAGAAGGGCCAAGCUGAGUCCAUAGCAGAGGGAAUAGCCGAUGAGGCAGAGGAGCAUGGACUGGUGGCUGAGCUCAGCUGCUUGAACCAGAAUGAAAAGUACAAUCUGGAGAAGGAGAAGGACCCCGUGGUCUUUAUUGUGUCUACCACUGGAGAUGGGGAACCGCCAGACAAUGCCCUCCAAUUUGUAAAGAGCAUCAAGAAGAAGACCUCUGACCACUAUAAACACCUUUGCUAUGCACUUUUAGCUUUAGGAGACACAAAUUAUGCAAAUUUCUGCAACUGCGGGAAGACGAUAGAACGUAGUCUCCAGGAACUCGGAGCCAAACAAUUCUAUGCGACAGGAUAUGCAGAUGAUGGUGUAGGACUUGAGGUGGUCCUGGACCCCUGGAUUGAAGGACUGUGGAAAGCAAUCAACGGAGCCUUAUCAAAAAUGGCUUCUGAUAGGACUGACUACUCGAAUGCAGGAGCAGGGGAUUUAAUAAUGGAAACUCCUGAUUCAUCCAUACCAGAUGUCCAACUUAACCUCUUGAGAAUAACUGACCAGAAGGACUGUGGGUCGAUUGGAGCAUCUGUAUCCAAAUGUGCAACCGCAGCUUUGGCGUCUGCUGUGUCUGAUCUCAGGCCAGCUGUGUUUCCAUCCCAGCCUCUUGGUACUGCCAGUGUUUCUGCUGCAGUUCCUCAUGUUACAUUGGCAGCUUCCCUGACUCACUCCCUGCCGCCGCUGUCUGAGUCCUCUCUUAAUGUUCCUGCACUGCCUCCCCCCUACCUCAAUGUCACCCUUAAAGAGGCAGACACUGUGCAACAGAUUGUUGGACCGUCAAACAAGGAGACUCUGCAUGAGGUUCCCAUAUCCAGAGCACUUCAGCUGACCAGAGGAGAUUCAGUCAAGACGUCUCUUCUCUUGGAGCUGGACCUCUCUGCUCACCCUAAUCUGACAUAUCAGCCAGGGGAUUCCUUCGAUGUGUUCUGCCCAAACAAAGACUCUGAGGUGGAGGAAAUGCUCCACAGAUUGGGCCUCUAUGAGCAGAGGAACCACAGUGUUCACAUCUCUCUACUUAAAGACACUAAGAAGAAAGGAGCCCAGGUGCCAGCCCACGUUCCCCCGAACAUUUCUCUGCUGUACCUGCUCACAUGGUGUCUGGAGAUCAGGAGCGUUCCUAAGAAGGCGUUUGUGCGGGCGCUGGUGGAGCAUACGGAGGGCGGUGUGCAGAGGAGGAGACUGCAGGAGCUGUGCAGUAAACAGGGCAGCGCCGACUACAACCUGCAUGUGAGGGACCAGAGCCUCUGCCUGAUGGAGCUCCUCUCUGCCUUCACCUCCUGCUCGCCUCCUCUCAGCCUCCUCAUAGAGCAUUUGCCGAAACUGCAGCCGAGGCCUUAUUCAGCAGCCAGCUCCUGGCUCAGGUAUCCAGGAAGACUGCAUUUUGUCUUCAACGUGGUGGAGUUCCCAGCAUGCAUUGCGCGGCCCGCGGGGAGGCGAGGGCUGUGCACCGGUUGGCUGUUUGACCUCGUCCAUCCAGUCCCGGUUUUCCAAGAGAAGGCUGCAUGGCCACAGAUCCAUGUGAGUCUGAGACCUAACUCCCUCUUCCGGCCUCCUUCUGACCAAUCGGUGCCCUUCAUUAUGAUCGGACCCGGGACAGGAGUCGCCCCCUUCAUUGGCUUCCUCCAGCAAAGGGAGAUGGAGAGGAAGGAGAACCCUGACGCCAUGUUUGGAGAGACAUGGCUGUUCUUCGGGUGUCGCCACAGAGACAGAGACUACCUGUUCAGAGAGGAGUUGGAGGGCUUUGUUUCCAGCGGAGCACUGAGCCAUCUGAAGGUGUGUUUCUCCAGAGAUGAUCCGGAGGAAGAGGAGGAGGAGGAGGAAGCACCGCCCAGAUACGUGCAGCACAACCUGCUGAGAAACAGAAAACACGUCACCGACAUCCUGCUCAAACAGAAGGGCUUCCUCUAUGUCUGCGGAGAUGCUAAGAACAUGGCUAAAGACGUGAACGACGCGCUGCUGGAGGCGAUCAGAGCGGAGCUGCAGGUGGAUCAGCUGGACGCCAUGAAGACUGUGGCCCUUCUGAGGGAAGAGAAACGCUACCUGCAGGACAUCUGGGGCUGAGCACAGAUAAGGACAUUUUGCUGCAUCCACUGGUCCUUUUAACACCUUUUGGAAGAGACUAAAAGAAGCAUGCUCAGCUGUAACCUUUAUAACCGUAAAAUCGUGGAUGCUGGAGGUAGUUUACACCCCCCACGGCCGACCCUGGGGUUCACUGCAUCAUCGGGGGCUUUGCUGUUUGAACAGAAAGGAUUCUGGGUCACAGCAAUACUGCAGCAGAUUGGUCCUGCAGUGUGAAAAUGCUUUUAGUGCAGACUCCUCCGUUCAUCCUGUCUGGGGAAAACAUUUCACUUUGUGAUGAGACUGGCAGCGCUCCGACACAACACCCUGAAGUCAUCCAGGAAAGCGUUGAUAGUCAAUCAGGAAGUGGUUUUUACCUCUGAAGUGAUUCAGGGUCAAUUCCUUCAUUUUAAAGAACACAUAAAUCAGGAUUUGAAAAUUGUAUCUCAAUCCAAAAGUUGGUUGGAUUGGUUUUUAGUUUAACCAAAAUUCUGCUGUGCUUUUAACCUAUUUUUGAGGUAAUUAAGACAAAUUUUAAUCCUACAACAAGUCCCAUUUUAUAGCCCAUCCUCACAUUAAUCAUUAUACUGUAAAUGUCAAUGAUGAUGCGCUGCUCGGACCAGAAAAACAAACCCUUUCGUCCCCCACUCACCCGGGAGUUUUUCCUAACUCCUGCAAAACCCAAUUUCAAUCCAGAAAACUGUAAUUACAACAAACACAGCUGUGCCUUGUGUGAUCAGGAAUUAAAAAGAUGAAAUGAU